CACACACAAACACAGUUUCUCAGUUUAGAGAAAACAAAGCAGCACGUAGAGAGUGAAGCAAUGGCUGCAUCUCUUCUUUUUCCAUUAGGUCAUUGCUGUACAAAAAGACCAUCAAUUGAUCACCCUAUGCAAUCUAGAAACAUUGCUAACCAAACAAUGGAAAUGCAAUGCUCAACCAUAGAGCCUGCACAUAAAACCAUAAGAAUUGAUGAGGAUAGAAAGAACUCCAUUUUGGUCAACCGAAGAAGUGCAAUCAAGUUGUUUGUCGCAAUGUCCGGUCUUCCACUUGAGCCCUUAGACACACUUGGCGCCAAUGCUGCUUUGCCUCCAGAACAAAAGCCCAGACUUUGCGACGAAGCGUGUGAAAAGGAGCUUGAAAAUGUGCCCAUGGUAACUACCGAGUCUGGAUUGCAGUAUAAGGAUAUUAAGAUUGGGAAUGGGCCAAAUCCACCUGUUGGUUUUCAGGUGGCAGCAAAUUAUGUUGCAAUGGUUUCCUCGGGACAGAUAUUUGAUAGUUCUUUGGAGAAAGGUCAGCCUUACAUCUUUCGAGUUGGCUCUGGUCAGGUGAUAAAAGGACUUGAUGAAGGCAUUUUAGGCAUGAAAACUGGAGGAAAGCGCCGUCUAUAUAUUCCAGGAUCCUUGGCAUUUCCAAAGGGCCUCAACUCAGCUCCAGGAAGGCCAAGAGUAGCUCCAAGUAGUCCAGUAAUUUUUGAUGUGAGCUUGGAAUAUAUACCGGGGCUGGAGGUUGAUGAAGAAUAAUGAAAAUUAUGUGACUCAUUGUUUUAUAGUUUUACAUGUGAUUUUUAAUUUGUGCGCCUUGAAAACUGUUAUUUGAUUUAUUAUUGAAUAAUAUUCUGGAAUUUCUUUCUUUAUAACUUUACAUAAGGAGUUACUUUCUACA